GACGCCAAUGCAGAAUAGAUGGUUACAUGUGUGAGGUUAGCGAUCGUUCAUCAUAUUAAUAAUUUCUGAAUUACAGAGCCUACAUCGGGCAUACAGCUAGCCUACAACAGGCUCGUUCUUGCGCGCCGGCUGCUCCGGAUUGACCGUACGCGUUCUAACAGGCUAGGUAGGUCUAGCAGGUCAGAAUGUUGUUAUUGUGUAUCCCUUCUUUUUACGUAACGUAUUGUAGCCUAUACAAAGCUAAAGAAACCGUUAGUCAGUCGUAUGAUAUUCAUGUCAUAGCAUGUGUUAUUUUAUGAAACUUUAUUCGGAAUAUUACUUUCAAUAUGGAGAGCCGAAAAAGAGUUAAUAGAAAAGGUUCAAGGACAAUAUUAGGACGCGCAAGUAACCCAAAAAAAGACCAAAACCGCCCAAUCGUCAUGAAUUUGAACGCGAAACUGCUUCUACAAGUGCAUCCGCGAAAAAACUAAAAAGUUCUCACGCAGAAGUACCGGUAAAUGCGAUGCACGGUUAUUAAUUUUUUGGCGAUAUUUUCCAGUCUCAGUGAAAUAGUAAUGUGCAAAACAUGUGAUGGAAAUUUGAAUUUCUCUGAGUCAAGUAUUCGAGGACUUGGAUUUAAAUUGGUAAUAAAUUGUACAAUUGCGAACCGCGAUAUAUUAAUUCUUGUCCACUCAUACAGAACGCGUAUGAAAUUAACAGAUGAAUCGUAUUCGCGAUGAGAUUUCUCGGUAUUGGUUACGAUGGAAUAAGAAAGUUUUGCGGUAUCAUGGAUUUGUCAAAAAUGUUCACUAAAACGAUUUACCAGGACAUUAAUACAAACAUUCAUUGUGCGUCGAAAACUGUUACUUCUCUAUUAUUUUCUGGAGCUGUUACUGAGGAGAAAAACCUAAUGGCAAAAGCAGAAAAGAUAUCAGAACCGGCGGGACUAAUGGUUUCCGGAGAUGGCGAAAGCGCGGUUUUACGGCAUUGCAAGGUGUCGUGUCGCUAAUUGGAUGGUAUUCUGACCAAGUAUUAGAUGUAAUCAUGAAAUCAUCGUAUUGCAAGCAAUGCAAAUACUGGAAGAAUGAAUAUAACUCGGUUGAAUUCGAAUUGUGGAUGCAAUCGCAUAAAGAAACGUGUUUAGCAAAUCACGAAGGGAGUUCAGAUAAAAUGGAAGUAGAUGGAGCAAUAGAAAUGUUUAAGAGAUCUGAAGAUCUGCAUGGAGUUAAAUAUUUAUCGGUGACGGUGAUUGUAAAACAUACAAAGGCAUCGUUGAAUCGCAACCAUACGAGGAAAACAUUACAAUAAUUAAAAAAGAAUGUCGGUCACGUUCAAAAGCGGAUGGGCUUUCGACUCCGUAAUAUAAAAAAGAACGAAAAAGGAUUAGGAGGACGAGGAAAAUUUACUGGAAAAUUAAUCGAUGAAUUAAGCGUUUAUUACGGACUUGCUAUUAGGAGAUAUAAAAAUUCAAUAGAAGAUAUGAAAACUGCAAUAUGGGCAACGUUGAAGCACAAAUCGUCAACUGACGCUAAACCGCAACAUGAGAACUGUCCGCCCGGGCCAAGUUCUUGGUGUUCCUGGCAGGUAGCAAAGACGAAAAAUAAAUUAAGUGAAUACACUCACAAACCUGCUCUUCAUCCUGAUAUUAUAAAGAUACCAUUAUCGUACGCUAUGCCAUCGAAUUGCACAGCAUUCAACUGUUGCAACAGGAGUGAUGAAGGUUACGCAUUAUUCAGAUAUCCACAAGAUGAGACCAUGAAGAGAAAAUGGAUUGUUAUGGUUGGAAGAGGCAAAAACUGGUCCCCUAGUAGUUCACAAAAACUUUGCGAGGUACACUUUAAGCCAGCAGAAAUCGAAUUUUUUGCUGGACGCAAGCGACUUAAGCUUGGUUCAGUUCCUUCUCGUUUCUGUAGCUGUUCUUCAAGGGAUCCAGAGAAUUAUGAUAAAAAGUUGAGAAAAAAGGCGGAAUAUAGGAAUAGUCUUUAUGAGCAGCAAGCUUCUAUUAGAAAUAAUUGUUGCGCUGUUAUGCAACCUCCAUUGAGGAAAAAUGUUAUAUUAAUCCAACAAGAGGAGUUUAUUGAAGAAGUUUGCAAGUUCGAAGAUAAUACAGAAGAAAUAGACCAAUUGCAACCAGUGGAUGAAAACGAGAAUUUACUGAAGAACAUCAUAGAUGAAAAUAAACAGUUACGAUAUGAACUGAAAGAAAUAGUAAAAAAUGCAAUAAAGGUUAAUAAGAAAUAUAAAGAAAUGGAUGUAACAGAUGAGCAUAGAAAGAUAUAUGAAGAAAAUUCUAAAUUAAAAGAACAGGUUCAAAUACUAAGUAAACAUGUACAAAUUAGGGUGCGUUUAGAUGGAGAAAGAAAUAGCGUAACGGAACAGUUACGGAAAAGAGAUAUAGUGGGAGUCAGCUAAUCAGAGUAAUUCCGUUUUUAUUCUGUUCUGUUGUUUGAUAGGUAGGUUUCACAUUUUAUAAUUCUCGAUGUUGAUAGGUUAGAAUGUUUUCCGUUUUUGUUCCGUUCCGUAACAGUUCUGUGCCAUGUGAAACCUACCUAUCAAACAACAGAACGGAAUAAAAACGGAAUUACUUUGAUUGGCUGACCCUCACUAUAUUUCUUUUUCGUAACUGUUCCGUUACGCUAUUUCUUUUUCCACCUGAACCUAUCCUUAUGCACAAAGUGUUGGCUGAGGAUCAAUUGCAAGUUUUAGAAAGUGAGUCUAAUAAAGGUUCCAAAUGGCCAAAAGAAACCAUUUUAAAAACACUGGACUUACGUUUUAUUUAUGGCACUGCAAGUUAUAAGAAUUAUAUAAGAGAAUUUGUUGCUUCUUUUCCUUCUGUUAGAACUUUACAGCGGAGUAUAGAGAACAUUUCUUUCGAACCAAGACUUUUGAGAGAUAUUUUCCUCCUAAUUAAUGAAAUGGGAGAACAUUUAGAUGAAAAGCAUAAGUUCCGCUGUUUAGUUUUCGAUGAAAUGAGUAUCCAACAGAAAAUAGAUUUUGAUAGGAAUAGUAAUGUUCAUAUUGGAUACACAACUUGGUGUACCUCAUACAGUAGCAUGUAAGUUAAUGACUUUUCUUCUCACUGGUAUACGCAAAAGAUGGAAACAAAUUGUAGCACUUUACACCUUCAUAGACAUACAAUAAAAGUAUCAAAGAAAUAAUAUUAAACAUAUUAAAAGAAUGUAAAAAAACUGGCUUUGUUGUAAUUUGUUUAGUUUAUGAUAUAAUCGUAGUAUUUUAAAUGAACUUGGAUUUAGCUGCAGAAAAAAUAAAAUGGUAUAUAGCAUU